AAAGGUAAAGAAAGAGAAGCUAAUCCAAUACCGGUAUAUACUCACGGUUCAAAGAUUCGUUCUUUGGCUAAAGUUCAAUCUAUUGUUGUUGGUUCUUCUCAAAAUCUUCAUGAAGAUAAUGUGAUGAUUGAUGUUCCUGCUAAAAAAAGGCGACAAAGGUAUGAUCAGUUUCAUGAUGUUGAUAAUACCAUUAUCAUUCCGGACGAAGAACCUGAGCAACAAGUUGGUUUAUCUGAUGAAUUUGGUGAAGAAGAAGAUUCUUGGUCGGUUGAUGAUGAACUAGCAUUAGAUGAUGAUGAACCACUCUUUAACGAUGAUGAGAUUCUGAUUGAGUUAUUUGCGACUCCUGAUGUUGAUUCACAUCAAUUUGAAGAAUUCCCUUCAACUGCCUAUAUGGCUAGGAAAUUAUUAGGUAUCAGGAAAAAAUCAAAAACUUUUGCGACUUGUCUUGAUUGUAACAAGUUAUAUGAUAUUACG